AUGGGUACUGUCUUGUCUCUGUCUCCCGGCUCUCGGAGAUCCAGUAUAUUUGAGGAUGGUACAGAUUCGAAGUCUUUGAGUCACUACCACGCUAUUCAAAGUGCCAAGAGUAACGGGCAGAAGGACAAGAGCUUGAAGCGCCACUCCAUGUUCGCUCCAGCCUUGACUUGGAAGCGGCUGGUAGCCUCAACCAAGAAGAAGAGCUCCAGAAAAGCCAACCCGAGUAAUCAUCAGCACCAGAAUGACGUGGUCCACCUCAACAGUGAAAAUGUGAAAAGGUCUCUCUCCUGUGCCAAUCUUUCCAACUAUGAACUCCAGGUGCCUGCUGACCCCUUGAGCACCAAACAGGUCCCUUCAAUCAAGAAGACCUCAUCCCAUAACAGUGGGACAGGGUCUCCCAAGCGUGUAAUAGUCCAGGCAUCCACUAGUGAAUUAUUAAAGUGUCUGGGAGAAUUCCUUUGCAGGCGCUGCUUCAAACUGAAGCAUUUGUCCCCAACAGACCCAGUCCUUUGGCUGCGCAGUGUUGACCGCUCGUUGUUACUUCAAGGUUGGCAGGAUCAGGCAUUCGUCACCCCGGCCAAUGUGGUCUUUGUCUACCUGCUUUGCAGAGAUGUCAUCGACGGGGAUCAGGUGGCCACCGAGCAUAACUUGCAAGCCACUCUCUUGACCUGCCUCUACCUGUCCUAUUCCUACAUGGGCAACGAAAUCUCCUACCCGCUGAAACCUUUUUUGGUGGAGAGUGCCAAGGAUGCUUUUUGGGACCGGUGCCUUCGCAUCAUUGACACCAUGAGUACCAAGAUGCUCCAGAUCAAUGCUGAUCCUCAUUAUUUCACCCAGGUCUUUGCUGAUCUGAAAAAUGAAGGAAGUCGAGAUGACUUUAGCAGGAUUUCUGUUAUCUUGGAUCGGUGA